CGGAAGACGCCCAAAUACGUAAACAUGGAGCCCAAUCAACAGCAAUUAACUGUCGACUGUCGGCUUAAUGAGGUACGAUGCACAUUGUGUAUCUUCAAGUACUGUACAGUACAGUACAGUACAGGACUUGGAAUGUGACAAAUGCAUCCUGCAGUCCCGUGUUGCCUCUCCAGGUGCUUCCUCAUGGCGCUGACAGCUGCUUUCCAGUGUCCACAUGAAUGCCAAAGAGGUAUGCAGCAGAACAUCUAAAUUUAGAAAAAACAGGCCAAAGGUUGGAAGAGUCCACAACCUUGUAUCCACGGUCUAUGCCGGUGCAGCAUGAUGACAGAUGCUUCAUUUGAACUUACGUGGAAAGUGCAUAUGUCACACUGCAAGACAAAAGGAAGGGCACCCGCUUUGAUAGCAAAAGUAAAGCAGGCAAUGAAACAUGACACCAACUUCCUAUUGGUGGGAAAAAGAUCAUCAAUCAAAUCUUCAGAGGCCAUGUGGUUGCAGAGAGAGCGAGAGAGAGUGAAGAGGAAAGCUCCUUCCAGCAUCCGAUGAUAACGGGGCAGCUGAGCAAGCCGCUGCUCUCCCUCAUGCGCGGCGACAUGAGCGCGGUAGAACUCCGGGCAGACGACAGAGUGGCCAGCCCAGACGGCGAGCUCAACGACGAGCCCUUGCUCCUUCCGUCCGAGGGCCCCGACGGGGAGGGCACCCCCAGCAAGCUGUACGGGGCCCGUGACAGCUCAGUCCAGUCUGACAUCAGCAGCAGUCCCUCCGAGCAAAGUCAGGUGGGACAGACUCAUCCAGGAUACCCCACCAUGGGUCCACAGUCACUUCUGGUGGCCCAGCAGCUGGCCAACGCCGUGGGUGGCGUGAUGUCCGGGGCGGCGCCGGGCAUGAACCAGCCCAUCCUCAUCCCCUUCAAUGCGGGCGGACAUCUGGGCGGACAGCAGGGUUUGGUCCUCUCCCUGCCCACCACCAACCUCCAGAGCCUGGUGGCUGCCGCUGCUGCGGGGGGCAUCAUGACACUGCCCCUACAGAACCUGCAAGCUACCUCAACCUUGAACUCCCAACUCCAACACCUGCAGCAGCUCCAGCAGAUGCACCACCAGCAGCAGCAGCAGCAGCAGCAUCAACAACAUCAACAACACCAUCACCAACACAUACAGAACCAAGUGUCAUCCCAGCAUCACAUGACCCCGCCCAGCCAGCAGCAGUCCUCUGUCCCGUCCCCGGGCUCCGCGUGCUCCUCAGCCUCCGGGCAGCCGCAGCAGUCGCCGCCCCACCGGCCGAACCACUCGCCUGCCCGAAGCCUUCCCUCGCCGGUCACUCCGCCCAUGCCUUUGCCGCAGUUGAAUCCUCUGGCCAGCCAGGCGGCGGUCGCCGCCGCCGCCGCAGCCAUGGGAUCCAUCGCCGGCUCUCAGGCGUUCGGCAAUGCCCUGUCAAACCUGCAAGGAGCAUCCGGACAGCUGGUCACCAACGCACAAGGACAGAUAAUCGGAACAAUCCCACUGAUGCCAAACUCCGCAGGGCCCUCCAGCCAAUCAGGGGGCGGCAACCCGGCGCUGCAGGUGCCGCCAAUUACCCCGCAGCUCCUGACCAACGCUCAAGGCCAGAUCAUCGCCACGGUGAUCGGCAAUCAGAUCCUGCCUGUCAUCAACACCCAGGGAAUCACGCUGUCGCCAAUCAAGCCCGGACAGCAGCUGCCUCAGGCUCAGCAGGGUCCGAGUGGGCCGGCCUCCUCCCAGCCCGGCCUGCUCCACAUGCCCCACAGACACAGCCCCCUCCAGCAGCCCUCCUCCUCCUCAUCCACCUCCUCCUCUUCCUCGGCGCUCAGCGUGGGGCAGCUGGUCAGCAACCCGCAGACCGCCCCCAGCGAGGUGGACGGAGUCAACCUGGAGGAGAUCCGCGAGUUCGCCAAAGCCUUCAAGAUCCGCCGCCUGUCGCUGGGCCUGACGCAGACCCAGGUGGGCCAGGCCCUGAGCGCCGCCGAGGGCCCCGCUUACAGCCAGUCGGCCAUCUGCAGACACACCAUCCUGAGAAGCCACUUUUUCCUACCACAGGAAGCCCAAGAGAACACGAUAGCUAGCAGUCUGACAGGCAAACUGAACCCUGGCCUUUUAUAUCCUGCCAGGUUUGAGAAGUUGGACAUCACCCCUAAAAGCGCCCAGAAGAUUAAGCCCGUUCUGGAGCGCUGGAUGGCCGAGGCUGAGGCCCGCCACCGAUCCGGCAUGCAGAACCUGACUGAGUUUAUCGGCAGCGAGCCCUCCAAAAAGCGCAAGCGGCGGACCUCUUUCACCCCGCAGGCGCUGGAGAUCCUCAACGCCCACUUUGAGAAGAACACGCACCCGUCGGGACAGGAAAUGACGGAGAUAGCCGAGAAGCUCAACUAUGACAGGGAGGUGGUGCGCGUCUGGUUCUGCAACAAGAGGCAGGCCCUCAAGAACACCAUCAAGCGCUUGAAACAGCCCGACAUGGGUGUGGUGGGGGCGCCGCCCGUGGACCCGCUCGGCGACCCCCUCGACGACCUGCCGAAAUGAACCAAACAAAAAAAAAAAGGCCGCUCCACGACCAACAUGGCGGAUGGACUGAUGAAAGCUUUGUGUUGUCUUUGUGAUUUCCACACUUCUUCUGUACAUGAAACCAAAAAAACAAGAAUAGAGAUUACAAUGUGAUGUAAAUGACCAAUUGUUGUGGGGGGGGUUAUUUAGUAAAGAGCAAACCAAAUGAAAACACUAUUUACCAAAGUAUGUUGCAUCGGAGUACCAAGAAUACUUUUCUAAUGUAAAUGUGCUCGACAUUUCUACAUUUCUACCCGCAGAUGGAAGCUUUAAGUGUUUCUUUUUUGUCCCCCCUCCUGCAUUCUUUUGAUGUAAAUAUUCCCCCCCAAAAAAUCACACAAAUGAAGCUCACUUUUGGACAGAAAAAAAGCGAUGAUAAGAAUAAUUUGUGGUUCAUCUGCAAGUGUGACUUUGUACAACUUUUACAGGUCUUUCUAAAAGAUUUCAUGACUCCACAGGUGAUGAUAUUAGUCGUGAUGAUGAUGAUGGUGAGCUGCUGUGCCAUUCUGUUGCCAAAGCCUGAUAGCCAAAGAACAUCAUCUCAAGGACUGACUUUCAAAGACUUUUUCUCCUCUUUUUUCUAAACUCCACGGCUCACUGUUAACAAACCAAAAAAACAACACCCCCCUCCCACUAAUAAACAUCAUGCCCAGCAGCUGCGGCAGCCUUGUAAAUCUUCAGCGUCACGGCAAUGUGUAACAAUAACAGAGCAUGUAAUGCCCCAAAUUUUUCAUAACUGUACACAACAAAACCCUUUAAUUGAGGAGCUCCUUUCACCUUUCUUUCCUUUACAGUUCAAUCUCAUGUUUAUGAAAAAUCACUCUUUUUAUUUCUACUUACGCAUCAUUCCAAGUCUUCAAUCUCCUCUGGUGUGCUGCUCAUGAUUGUUAUGUAUGAUUUGUACGACAAAUAUGCCAUCUAUUCACUAAAUGUACAAAAAAGGUAAUGGGACAUGCCUCUUGAUCAAUCCUUAAACCCCAGGGCCCUGUUUGCCCAGCGGUGGGCAAAAUGUAUGUCAGCUAGACUCCAUUCUUGUUGACUCCGCCUAACCAGCCAGCCUGCGAUGUCCAAAUAAUUCAUUGAACUUCAAGGCUCGUCUUUUCAACCACGACGCCACUUUAGUCGUCAGUUUGAGCCUAUCCACAGGCAACGAGUGAAACCUUGAGCUCUUACCUCCUCAAGAAGGGCCAAGAUGAUGCAUGGUGACAUUUUGGGAUCACCGUGUAGCUGUUCUUGAUCAGGCUGAACACGGGUUAAUCCGUAAUCCUACACAAUAUUUUGGACAAUUGUAUGCUGACUCCGACUUUUUGGAAAACACUUUGGUGAAGGCCCUUCUUUUUGGUCCCCAUUUGCACAAAGUGACACAAAUGGAAUCAAAUUCCCACCAAACAAAGUCUUUGGAAGCUGUUUUCAUUCAAUUUGAAGUCACUUCCUGUAUGUGUCCCAGUACUUUUUGUCUUGUGGAGGCUGUUUUGUGUUCACCUGUCACAUGAACAUCAUAUAGCAACGAAAGAAAUGUGAAGUCACAACUCAAACACACAAGGGAUUUUUGUUUGUUUGACUGAUUGAUUGAUUGAUUGAUUGAUUGAUUGAUUGAUUGAUGUAUUUAUGUUUUGCCUUGACUCAGUGUGUCAGUGCUGGACCAAAGCUUUCUCUCUCUAUCUCUCUCGUUAUGCACAUUGUACAGAGAAAUAGCUUCAUGAUGUUGACAAUCUUUCAAAUCUGAGAAGGAAAAAAAAAAGAUGACAGCAGGUUUACCUCACCUAUGUUUUUUUUUUUUAGUGUAUUUAUUUUUGUGUCAUGUGUGUCCCAAAUCCAACCUUCUGGUCGCUCUUCAUGAAGCUUGGAAAUUUAAAUUAUUAUCUACAAAAUGGCGUUUUUUUGGUUUCUUCGUUAACAGUCGGCCAACUUGAAACCAAAGCUUUUUUUUUUUUAAUAAUGUAAUUAUGAAUCUAUGGAGCAGUAUGUUUGGUCAGUUUUGAGCAGCACUUUGUUUAUUUCUUUCAAAAAAAAAGCUUCAAGUCCGUCUCACUGAUUUGUACCAUAAAAUUAGGAAUAAACAAUUUGUUUGACAUGCUUUUUGCAUCACUUUUUUAAAAUCAUUUUUAAUCU